AUGACGAGAGACAUUAACAGCACCUGGAUGGCUUAUCCAAAUGCCUCAACUCAACCAGUCAGCCCCAAGUUCUUUCAAUGGCCAUAUAUUGCUGCUGAAAUAAUGAUUUCCAUCAUUUCCACUUCUGGUAACCUACUGGUUUGCCUUGCAGUAGGACGCAACAAGAAGCUCCAAAAUGUCACCAACUACUUCCUGGUCUCUCUGUCAGUAGCUGAUUUCUUCGUAGGCACUUUGGCCAUCCCCUGCGCUAUAAUGACAGAUCUAGGUUUACCCCACCACAACCUAUAUCUUUGCAUUGCCAUUCUGUAUAUGCUCCUCAUGCUAACCCAAAGCUCCAUCUUCAGCCUGCUAGCAGUGGCCAUCGAACAGUAUGUGGCUAUUCUACUGCCUUUCCACUACCAAAGGCUUUUGAAGCCAAGGAAUGCUAGGCUAGUUAUACUGCUAACCUGGUUCCUAGCUUUCCUUUUGGGCUCAGUGCCAUUGAUGGGCUGGCAUGGCAGGUCUGAUCAGAUGAACUACUGCUUCUUUUCCUGUGUGGUGGACAUGACCUACAUGGUGUACUUUAACUUCUUUGGCUGUGUUCUGGUGCCUCUGGUAACCAUGUUUAUCAUUUACGCACACAUCUUUGUAACCGUCAGGCGCCAUGUGAGGCGGAUUGCAGCCACGCAGACUGCAUUAGAGCUGCAGGCCAGGCAAAACACAGGUAUGCGGCGUGAGGCAAGGAAGGCAACCUCGAUUUUUGUGCUUGUUUUUGUCUUUGCGCUCUGCUGGAUUCCCUUAUACACAGUGAACUGCAUACAUUUGUUCUGUCCACACUGUAAAAUACCACUGCCACUCUCCUUGACCACCAUCAUCCUUUCACAUGCACAUUCAGCCAUUAACCCUCUGCUCUAUGCCUUCAAACUGAAAUCCUUUCGUGUUGCCUUCAAAGCCAUCUUUCUCUGCUGUCGAAUGACUUCUCCACUGCCUGAUAGCACAGACAGUAAUGGGACCUCAAGACACAUAUAAAUGCACUACUUUAAGAAAUGGCACCAUCUCGAGUGCAUUCACUCCAACCGAUGUGUAACAGCCUGUGUAAUCGUUAUUGCUUUUCCUGCUGGCCCCCUGAGUGAGAUUUACUUUUAGAUGCAGUGUUAUAUGUAAAUAACAAACAAUGCCACAGACACCCCAGCCCUGGGUAAAAGUACACAGUACAGUUAAGUUAGACUAAAAACUGGCCUGUCUGAUUGUGACUUAAAUGUUUUUAAUGUUGAAUGAGAUCAGCUGACAUUUUGUGUCUAAGCCAAUGUAUUUGUUUCUAGCUAAAAAUGGCACAGACCCUGCAAGAUCUGAGCAUCUAUCUUGUAAUCCUAGUUGCUUUUCUAUGCUCUCUUGAGAACUUUUUCCUUGCCAAUGUCACCCUUGACUUGUUUAUUUCCAGGCUUGUUACAGCAGGAAAAAUGAGCCAAACUGUGUCUUUACUCCAGCUCUCCAGUAAUGGAGUUGGGUACCAUAUGGU